AUGAAAUUGGAACAGAAUAAGCAACAGAAGAACAAAACAGAUAGAAGCAACAGAAGAAUGCUAACAGUUAGAAGCAACAGAAAGAUAGCAACAGAAGAGAGCAACAGAGGAAGCAAAACAGAAGAAGCAACAGAAGAAGCAACAGAAGAUAAAUGCCCACAGAAGAAGCAACUAGAGAAGGCAACAGAUAAGCUACAGAAGAAGCACAGACAGGACAACAUACAGAUAAUGAACCAGAAGAAAGCAACACCGAAGAACAACACGAGAAGCACAGAGAAGCAAACAGAAGAAGCAACAAGGGAAGCAACAGAGAGGAAAGCAACAGAAGAUGCAACAGAGAAGAAACAGAAGAAGCCCACAGAGAGAAGCAACAAAUAUGAAGCCAACAGAAGGAAGCAACAGAGAAGCAAACUAGAAAAGCAAGAAAGCCACAAAGACCACAGAGAGAAGCAAACAGAAGAAGCAACAUGA